ACAAAUAAUAAUAUUUUAUUUUCAUGGCACGAAUGAUUAAGAAUUUCAAUUUUGAAGGCACAUACAAAGCAACCUUAGUGGUGUCUUAAAAUUGACCAUUCUUCUUCAUGACAUUCCGUUUACUCAGUUACUACUCUGCUCCUUCUGCUUUUCCCCCCCAAACUGAACGAGAACGUUACAAAAGCAGAGAAGCCAGAAACCCUUCUUAAAAAGGAAUCACAGAACCCUAAGCGCAACGAGUCAAAGAAGAGAGAAGCAAAGUACAAAAGCACCGAGUUGUGCUCUGUCUUUCUCUCUGUAUCACUUGUCUUCUUUUGUAUCCGUUACCAUCUUCUUCUUCUCUCAUCAGCUACGUCGUCGUUUUGGAUUUUGUUUUACCAUAAGAGUAAUUGGAGUCUGAAAUCAGUGAUACGUUCAACAUGGCUUCUGCAACUAAGGGUGAUAGGAAGAUUGCAAUUGAUGUAGCAUCGUGGAUGUUCAAUAUAGUCACAUCUGUAGGAAUAAUCCUUGUGAAUAAGGCGCUCAUGGCUACAUAUGGUUUCAGUUUUGCUACAACGUUAACUGGUCUGCAUUUUGCAACAACAACCUUGUUGACCACCUUUCUUAAGUGGCUGGGAUAUAUCCAAACCUCCCAUCUUCCCUCACCUGAUCUUAUCAAAUUUGUCUUGUUUGCAAAUUUCUCUAUUGUCGGAAUGAAUGUGAGUUUAAUGUGGAACUCUGUUGGUUUCUAUCAGAUUGCUAAGCUGAGUAUGAUUCCGGUAUCUUGUUUCCUGGAAGUUAUAUUGGACAAUGUGAGAUAUUCAAGGGAUACAAAGCUUAGCAUUUCCCUAGUUCUCCUUGGUGUUGCUGUAUGUACAGUCACUGAUGUGAGUGUCAAUGCUAAGGGUUUCAUAGCAGCUGUAGUGGCUGUUUGGAGCACCGCACUGCAGCAGUAUUAUGUGCAUUUCCUUCAGAGGAAAUAUUCUCUCGGAUCGUUUAACUUGUUGGGCCAUACUGCACCAGUACAGGCUGCAAGUUUACUUCUAGUAGGUCCCUUUAUGGACUACUGGCUGACAAACAAAAGAGUUGAUGCGUACAACUAUGGUUUGACAUCCAUUUUGUUCAUCAUUCUGUCUUGCUCUAUCGCAGUAGGGACAAACCUCAGCCAGUUCAUCUGCAUUGGCAGAUUUACGGCUGUAUCAUUCCAAGUUCUUGGUCAUAUGAAGACUAUUUUGGUCCUGGCCCUAGGAUUCAUUUUCUUUGGAAAAGAGGGUCUCAAUCUACAAGUAAUUCUAGGCAUGAUCAUUGCAAUAGCGGGAAUGAUAUGGUAUGGCAAUGCAUCUUCUAAGCCAGGAGGGAAGGAGCGUCAAAGCACAACCAUUCCUACCCCUAAAGCACAAGAAUAUAAUGUACUACCUGUAUCCUCUGAAACGGAUCAGGAAAUAUGAAUCUUAAUGGAAAUAAAGUGGUGAAACUUAUAGUAAAGUGCAUGGGAAAAUCAGGUGCCCUUUAAGUCAGCUUAUUCAUUUUCUUAUACCCAGAAGUAAUUUCCCAAAUAUUUAUAGAGAUAUUGUCAUAUAUCUGUGUUCCGUUUUUCUGAGUAGAGGAGGAGGACUAUUUUAUC